AUCCUCAGAACUACCUCUUUUCCUACCAAACAAAAAUACACCGCCUCUCCUUCAUUUUCCUUUGCUCUCUCUCUUUCUCUCUCUAACUCACCUCUUGUUACUUCAUCAAGUCUUGUGCUAGAAGGCUCAAAUCUCCAUCGCUAGCAGGAUACAAAACCUCCACAAUUAGCCAAUUAACGUUUUUUAAAACACUAACAUAUAUACACUACCAGCGGUAAUGGGGAACACUGAUCUUGUGUUCACUGGGACGGUGACUGGGGUGGAGUGCACACGCCGCGUCCCAAUCCCGCCGUCGCGGCCUUUCCUCGAGACCUUCCGUGCCAACCUCAAGGAGACCUUCUUCCCUGAUGACCCUCUUCGGCAAUUCAAGCAUGAGAAGUGCUCUCGUAGGCUUAUCCUGGGCCUCCAGUACUUCCUUCCCAUCCUUCAAUGGGCUCCCACUUACUCCUUCAACUUCUUCAAAUCAGACCUCAUUGCAGGGAUCACCAUCGCUAGCCUUGCCAUACCCCAAGGCAUUAGCUAUGCAAAGCUUGCAAAUCUACCACCCAUUCUAGGCUUAUAUUCGAGUUUUGUGCCGCCGCUGGUGUAUGCGAUGAUGGGGAGCUCGCGGGAUCUGGCAGUGGGGACUGUGGCAGUGGCAUCGCUGCUGAUAGCGUCCAUGCUGGGGAAGGAGGUCUCGGCAUCGAAGAACCCGGGGCUGUACCUUCACUUGGCGUUCACCGCAACAUUCUUUGCGGGAUUCUUUCAGGCAGCCUUGGGAUUAUUGAGGCUUGGUUUCAUAGUGGACUUCCUCUCACAUGCAACCAUAGUGGGUUUCAUGGGGGGGGCAGCUACUGUGGUGUGCCUCCAGCAGCUAAAGGGGAUGCUGGGCCUUGAACAUUUCACCACAGCCACUGACCUUGUCUCUGUCAUGGAAUCAGUCUUCUCUCAAACCCACCAGUGGAGGUGGGAAAGUGUAGUUCUGGGUUGCAGCUUCCUCUUCUUCCUUCUCCUCACAAGAUUCUUGAGCAAGAGAAAGCCCAAGUUCUUCUGGGUUUCUGCUGCAGCCCCAUUGACGUCAGUGAUACUGGGAAGCCUUCUGGUGUACCUUACUCAUGCUGAAAACCAUGGCGUCCAAGUGAUCGGAUACUUGAAAAGGGGCCUAAAUCCACCAUCUGCAACCACUUUGAACUUUUCAUCGCCGUACAUGAUGGUAGCACUGAAGACCGGCAUAGUCACCGGGAUCAUUGCCCUUGCUGAAGGGAUUGCUGUUGGGAGGAGCUUUGCCAUGUUCAAGAACUACCACAUCGACGGCAACAAAGAGAUGAUUGCUAUUGGGAUGAUGAACAUCGCUGGAUCACUAACAUCAUGCUACCUGACCACAGGGCCAUUUUCACGAUCGGCUGUUAACUAUAAUGCCGGGUGCAAGACAGCUAUGUCAAAUGUAGUAAUGGCAACUGCUGUGAUGUUCACUCUGCUUUUCCUAACACCAUUGUUCCACUACACCCCUUUGGUGGUCCUCUCUUCCAUCAUCAUUGCAGCAAUGCUUGGCCUUAUCGACUAUGAGGCAGCGAUCCACCUCUGGCAGGUCGAUAAGGUUGAUUUCUUUGUAUGCUUAGGUGCAUACUUGGGGGUCGUGUUCGGCAGUGUCGAGAUUGGAUUAGUCAUCGCACUUGUGUUGGCAAACCCUGGAAGUGAGAUAAUGAAGAAGCUAGAUAAAUCAAAGGUCCUCGAAACCAUUGGCCAAGAAUGGAUUUUUCUGACGGUAGGAGAAGCGGUCGCUGCAUGUAACUUCAUUCUGCACACAUGCAAGCCCGGGGCUGUCACCGAUAGCGCCGGAGUUGAUGACAACAUUGUCUAAGAGAUCGACCAGUUGAAGUCCAAAUGGUAACCAAAUCAUAGGAGAUGGAAACCGAGACACAAUUGUUCUUUUCGAGUUGUGGCCAAAUGAUCUGAGCUGAAGCCUUCUAGUUUAGUGGAGGGUGGCCUUUCUUCUAAUCUCCUUGAGUGAAAAGAAAUAAAUUUUAAAUGGAAAUAUGAUAGAGAAGUUAACACCCUAUUACUUUACUUUCUCGGUUGGAAAAGAAUUAAUACAACUCUUGUGAUUCCCCCGCUGCUUACAAA